GCCGACGCGGGCAGCAACUAGCCGCGCUGCCAGCUUGUGCGGCUCCAGGGAUGCCCCUGCAGGUUAGCGAUUACAGCUGGCAGCAGACGAAGACUGCGGUCUUCCUCUCUUUGCCCCUCAAAGGGGUGUGCGUCAGAGACGCCGACGUGUUCUGCACGGAAAACUAUCUGAAGGUCAACUUUCCUCCAUUUUUAUUUGAGGCAUUUCUCUACGCUCCCAUAGACGAUGCAAGCAGCAAAGCAAAGAUUGGGAAUGACACCGUUGUCUUCACCUUGUAUAAAAAAGAAGCAGCCAUGUGGGAGACUCUUUCUUUGACAGGUGUUGACAAAGAGAUGCUGCAAAAAAUAAGAGAGAAAUCUAUUUUACAAGCACAAGAGAGAGCAAAAGAAGCCAUAGAAGCAAAAGCUGCAGCAAAGCGGGAGGAUCAAAAAUACACACUAGAUGCCAUGAUGAAGAUUGAAGAAGAAGAGAGGAAAAAAAUAGAAGAUAUGAAAGAAAGUGAACGGAUAAAAGCCACUAAAGAAUUGGAAGCUUGGAAAGAAUGUCAAAGAAAAGCUGAAGAACAAAAAAGAAUUCAGAGAGAGGAGAAAUUACAUCAAAAAGAAAAGCAAAUGGAAGAAGAAAGAAAAAAUUUAAAACAUAAAGGUCUUCCUAGAAAUUCAUCUAGAUAUCUUGCCACAAAAGGGAGAAAUUUAGAAAAUAUAUUUUCUGAGAAGUUAAAGGAAGAUAGCAUUCCUGCUCCUCGCUCUGUUGGCAGUAUUAAAAUCAACUUCACCCCUCGAGUAUUCCCAACUGCUCUCCGUGAAUCACAAGUAGCAGAAGAGGAAGAGACUUCAUUCUCAUUUCAGUGGCUACACAAACAAGCUGAGGCGAGAAGAGCAAUGAAUACUGAUAUUCCUGAACUUUGUGAUUUAAAAGAAGAAGAAAAGAACCCAGAAUGGUUAAAGGACAAAGGAAACAAGUUGUUUGCAACAGAAAACUAUUUGGCAGCUAUUAAUGCAUACAACUUAGCCAUAAGACUAAAUAAUAAGAUUCCAUUAUUGUAUUUGAAUCGGGCCGCUUGCCACCUAAAACUAAAAAACUUACACAAGGCUAUCGAAGAUUCUUCUAAGGCACUGGAAUUAUUGACACCACCUGUUACAGACAAUGCUAAUGCAAGAAUGAAGGCACAUGUACGACGUGGAACAGCAUUCUGUCAACUAGAAUUGUAUGUAGAAGGCCUACAGGAUUAUGAAGCUGCACUUAAGAUUGAUCCAUCCAACAAAAUUAUACAAAAUGAUGCUGAGAAGAUUCGGACUGUAAUUCAAGGAACAGAGCUAAAAUCUUAGAGACUACCAGAAACAACUAGGUAUUGUAUUAGGUAUUGUUUUAAGUUUUUCAAAAGUAACUGGAGGCAUUAGGAAUCUUUGUCUAUGUUAUAGUCAAUUGUGCAGAAUUGAUUUCUUUUUAUUACUUGAGUUCUGUAGAGGGCAAAAUAUAAAUCUAUAGAAAAUGAAAUGUUUGACUUUAUUUCUGAAUAAAUAAAUCAAAAUAAGAAUAAUCUAUUUUAAUUCUAUACUUCUUAAUGCAUAAUUUAAUUAUACAUUUUUUUUGUUACUGAAUUAUGUUUGCCCUUGUAACAAAAUAUUUGUUGGUCUAGUUACCAGGAAGCUUACUGAUUAAUUUUUAACAAGCUAGAAUUUUAAAAUAAAAGAUU